UGCUGGUACUGGCCGUUGGCCUGAGCAGCGCACGAUGGGUCCGACAAGGAAAGUCCGAACAGCCAAAAGAAACCAGCUUCAUUGGAGAAGCAACGAGCGAGCUUUCUACAGCUAUAUUCCAGGGCUACAUCGAUGACAGUAACAACAUUGCAUUCUCGCCACUCGGAUACUCAGCAAUUCUCGCCAUCUUGGCUGAAGGUGCUAAAGGAGAGACAAGGGAACAGCUCGUCACUGCUUUGCACCUUCCUGAAGACCGCGAGCUCACCAGACGAACCUACCGCUACAUCAUGGAAAGACUUAAAAACACACAUGAAUAUAAAUACAAUCAGCCGGAGCUUAAGAACUUUUUCUACAUUUACAAAAACUAUACCAUAUUUGAUGACUAUAAAAAGGUUUUAGAGAGCUGUUAUCUCACUGAUGUUAGGUCCGUCGAGAGAUACAAUCCGGAACAUGAAAUACAUGUUGAUGAAGACGAAGAUGAUAAGGAAGAAUUCACGAUUCACAUCCCGGAAAAGAAUCCUGAUGACAAAAUUGAUGACAUCCCCGAACUAACACCACCCAAGGAGUCUGAUGAGAAACUGAUUUCGUACGUCAACGAAGACAUUCCUAAACAAGUUGAUGUUACUCACAUUGAUUACAAACCUGCUAAGAAUAUUAAAGAGAAGAUCAAGUUAGUAAAAACGUUUGAAAAACACGAGGAUUCUGCGGAUGAAGAAGAGACUAUGUUAGCUGUUGAGGCUAGAAAUCACGCCAAGAGUUUGAAAUACUUGAACAACAAACAUGAUAUCUCCUCCAGUCUUUCUGUUAACAGCGUUGGAAAGAAAUCUGGCACACGUUCAGUGUCAACUUCCCUCAUGUUAAUUUUCAACGGCAUGUACUUCCGCGGCUCUUGGAAGAAACCCUUCGAACUCGUCGAGCCUGGCUUGUUCUACAAGUCCAGCUCGGAGAAGAAACAAGUAUCCAUGAUGAAGACUAUCGGCAAAUUUGAGACCUCUUACAUAUCCGCUCUUGAUAGUGAAGCAGUUCGUCUUCCUUAUGAUGGUGGUCGUUACGCACUGCUCCUGGUAGUGCCAAGGUCCAGGGACGGACUCACACGCCUUAUCGCUGACUUGCCUGCUGUCACCCUGGCAGACAUCAAAGACAGCAUGCGUGAGGAGGAAAUUCAAUUGUCAAUACCUUCGUUCUACGUCGAAACUACUACUAAGCCGAUUGCUGCGUUGGCUAAGUUCGGAGUGAGCAGUAUCUUUACCCGUGACGCGGACCUCUCCGGCAUGUCUUCAGACGACGGCCUGUUCGUGCAAGAGCUGGUACAGCAUGUCUCAGUACGAGUUGAUAACGCUGAAUCUUCGGCAUCUGAGCUCAGUGUUGCAAACCCUGCCAUCGAGAUGUCAAAGAACAUCCCAAUAUCUGAAGUGAAGCAACCACGUCGCUUCAGUGCUGACCAUCCGUUCAUCUUCUUCAUCAUGGACACCCUGGACAACCUCGUAGUAGUCGCCGGCAAGGUCACCGAUCCUGAACAACCAGCUCCUUUCGACUUCUAAAAUCGCAUUAUAAUUAUUAACGGUUCAAAAAUUUCUGAUUGUUUCUGCGUUUCCCCACCCAUUGUUCGUAAGCCGUUAUUUAUUUCGUGUAUCUCUUUGCUGUGCAGUGUUAUGAUUCUUCGUUGCAAGAUCCAGACGCAUUUGAUAAUGAAAAAGUACACAGCGUAGAUUAAGUUAGUUUAAGGUAUUAUUUAUUCGUACAUUUUGUGAUAAUUAAGAAUAAAUUAUUUAUUUACUGA